GUCUUGGCAUGUGUAAUGGAGAUGACCUGGCAACCAGGAAACAGAUUAUUUUUCAUACUUUUAGUGGCUUCCUUUCUUUACAUAAUGGAUACGGAAGCUAAAACAGGGCCCGCACACGACAAAGUAGUUGUUUGUUAUAUUUCAACGUGGGCCGUUUAUCGUCCUGGCCAUGGUGCUUAUUCCAUAGACAAUUUUGAUCCCAGUUUAUGUUCGCACGUGGUAUAUGCCUUCGCUGGUUUGGAUCCGAUCCAAUCCGCUAUUAAAUCUUUGGACCCUUGGCAAGAUUUGAAAGCAGAAUACGGGAAAGGUGGUUACGAACGCUUAACAGGAUUAAAACGUAAUUAUCCUCAUCUAAAGGUUAGUCUGGCAAUUGGUGGAUGGAACGAAGGCUCAAAAAAUUACUCAAACAUGGUUUCGGAUCCUGUUACUAGAGGGAAAUUUGUGCAACAUGUCACUUCAUUCAUACGUAAAUAUAAUUUUGAUGGUUUGGAUUUGGAUUGGGAGUAUCCUACACAACGCGGUGGUGCACCUAAAGAUCGUGAUAAUUUUGUAUUACUUGCGAAAGAGUUGAGAGAGCAAUUUAAUAGUCAUGGCUUAUUAUUAACUUCAGCCAUAGGGGCAGCUAAAAAUGUUAUCGAUCAGGCGUACGAUGUCAAGCAGAUAUCCAAAUAUUUAGAUUUUUUGCACAUCAUGUGUUACGAUUAUCACGGCAGUUGGGAUCGGAAAGUAGGCUACAAUGCUCCUCUAACGGCCCCAAAUGGCGAUCCUUUGAGCGUGCAAUUCACCAUAGAUUAUCUAUUAAAACUGGGUGCUUCCGCUGAGAAAAUUGUUAUGGGUGUACCGUUCUAUGGGCGCACUUUUAAAACCGCUUUAGAUGGAAAUUUGGACGAUGAAACAGACGGAACCGCUUUUCAAGGACCAUUUACUCGCGAGGAUGGUUUCUUGGGCUACAAUGAAAUUUGCCGAAUUUUAAGUAAUAAGACCUCAGGUUGGACUACAAUGUGGGAUCCGGAAACAUCUCAAGUUUUGGCACGUUCCGAAAAAGAUAUCUUUUCCGGUCUAGUUCAGGUCGUUACAUUCGACAAUUCUCGUACCAUCGCUAAUAAAGUGAAAUUUGCUAUGGAGAGAAAUUUAGCUGGGCUCAUGGUUUGGUCCAUAGAUACAGAUGAUUUUUUAGGAGAAUGUGAUCCUGAAAGUGAUAUCUACGAGGACUAUAAGUAUUUGAAAAGCGCCAAUAUUCAUAGCCCACCCCGCAUGAAUAAUAAUUAUCCUUUAUUAAGGACAAUUAACGAAGCCAUUACCUUAUCCUUAGAAGAAAUUGAACUUCAGCAUAAUGAUAAAGAAACAAAUCUACUGCCUAAUGAAGAAGAUAACGAAAUACCUCAUGGUUCGAUUAGUGAUCGUAAAGGUGAUAAUAGUAGUUCUAAUCAUUUGUUUAAAAAUGCGUCUUAUAUUUACACUAUACUCUUAGGGAUUUUAAUUUUUUCUUCAGCUUAA